ACUCCUGAAAAUUUUGCAGAUUUAGCUUUGCAAAUGGUAUGGAAAAAGUCAACAUUGGCAUUGAUUCGAAAUAACAACAGUGAAACAGGCUUACAUGUCUUGGCUAGAAAGCCUUUUGGUCUUGGCAUGGAGAUAAGUCCAUUAUUUCUCCAACUUGUUGGUUGUCUUUGGAACAUACUUCUCAAUCAUGGAUGUACAGAAACACAUAGGACAAUUAUAAAUCAACCAUCAAAAAUAACAUUUGAUGCUACAGAAAUUGGAAAUUUUCACUUUGUGGCUGAGCUUUUGAGGUCUGAGCCUGAUUUAAUAAGAGAAGUUGAUGACAAAAAAAGAAGCAUAUUUCACAUUGCUGUUCAACAUUGUCAUUCAAGCAUAUUUAGUCUAAUACAUGAAUUAGGUUCCUUCAAAGAUUCAAUUGUAGCACUUGAGGAUGAUGAAGAAAAUAAUAUAUUACAUUAUGCUGCUAAAUUAGCACCUCAUUGUCAGCUUAAAUUAAUUUCAGGAGCAGCUCUUCAAAUGACACAUGAAAUACUAUGGUUUGAGGAAGUGAAAAAGUUAAUGUCACCAUUAGAAACAAAGAAGAAAAAUUGCAAUGGCAAAACUCCAGAUGAUAUAUUUACUGAGGAGCAUAAAGAGCUAUUAACAAAAGCAGAGUCUUGGAUUGAAAGCACAACAAAUUAUUGCAUUCUUAUUUCAACACUCAUUUCAACUGGAGUAUUUACAUCAACAUUUAACAUACCUGGUGGCUACAACAAAAAUACAGGAACACCAAAUUAUUUACAAAAACAAGCAUUUCUUAUAUUUGCGGUAUCGAAUGCAACUGCAAUGAUAUCAUCCGCAAUUUCGAUACUAAUUUUCUUAUCUAUUAUCAUCUCAAGUUAUGCAGAGUAUGCUUAUUUCAAAUCACUUCCUUCAAAGUUGCUAUGUGGAUUGAUUGCACAAAUCAUCUCCAUUACAAGCAUGAUGAUAGCUUUUAGUGUUUCAUUUUUUAUAACAUAUUGUCAUGGUUUGAUUUGGGUUCCAUAUUUUAUUUCUGUUUUUGCAUUACUUCCUAUAGUUUUGUUCAAAUUUCUUGUAUAUCCACUUUGGUUGGAUAUUAUAAGUUCUUCUUAUUUUUGUAUGUCCCUAUUUCAGCCAAGAAGAGGAAUUCUUAACUAGUAGGAAAAAGAUAGAAAUGUAAAUUAUAGAUAUGUUUAAUAUAUCCUAGCUAGCUACAUGUAGUUUUAUAUUGUAUAGAUUUUUCCAUAUUCAUUAAGACAUUAAAUUUAUGGAUC